CGCAUUUUGAGUUCGCCCGUCGGGACCUUCUGGCACUUCUCGGCAUCGAUUGUUUUGAGGUGUAGAUUGUGAGACCUCAAGUUGUCUGGUGGCCUGAACGUUCCCCAUUUUGCUGCAGCGACUUGGAGACCUUCCUUUCCCUUUGCUGACUCCAAGCUUUGCUUGUUUGCGCAGUGCAUGCGGCUGCCCAAAGAUCGUGCAGGAUCUUGAGUCUUGAGAUCCAUUUUCUCCAUGUCAUAGUAUUUAGGAACGAAAAUGGGCAACGCAAACUCUACGAAUCCCAACAGCCGAAAACCACGUUUGAGUUUUUCUUCUGCUUCCGGCCAGAAUCAACAGUCAAACAACAGUGCUCCAUCACAAUCGACAACUUCACCCACAAGUAUACCUAAUCGACCUGCAGCAGCUCUUGUACACGACUCGCCAUUCGUCGGGUCACCUCUUAUGGUGUCCGACAACUUUGGUCAAUCACUAGCACACGCCCCUGCACCUCGCAGUUCACUACGUCCACUCGGACAUCAACGACUGCCUUCACGUAACUCGUCACUUGGAGAAGAGGAGUGGGCUGCCGCCACUAUGAGAAAUCCUGGACCCCACAGGCUCAGUGGUCCAUCAGAAGAUGAUUUGGUUGCCGGGAUAGGAGGCAUGGAGUUUGACACUGGACCUUCCGCAGAGCUCAACACCAGCGCUGGCGCUUCACUGGGCAAGGGAGAUGGGCCAACAUCUAUACCCAUUCCCGCACCUUCUCAGUCCUAUGUACAGCCACCUAAUGAAAGAAGUUAUCGAAAUACCUCUCGUAUAUCACAUGGAUAUGGAAUGAAUCGGAGAGAAGUGGAAAAGACGAAUGGCGUGAUACCAAUAAUGAUAAGCUGGGCGCAGGGCGGUGGUGCCGUGUAUGUUACUGGCACCUUUAAUAAUUGGAAGCAAAAGAUUCGGAUGACAAGAAGCAAUGCCGAUUUUACCACUGUGAUUGACAUGCCGCCAGGCACCCAUCGCUUCAAAUUUAUAGUUGACGACGAAUGGAAGUGCUCCGAAGAUUUGCCCAUCGCAUCAGAUGCUGACGGAAAUCUCGUCAACUACUUGGAAGUGACAGAUGAAACUGGGGAGGGACAGGGAGACGGACUGGAUGGCUUGUCGAAGCUAUCAGACGGCCGACUAACGCCACCACCUCUCUCUUCAACUCCGCCGGAAGCUUAUACCUCCGAAAUACCCUCUUAUCUUCUUUCCCAUUCUCAUUCGCACUUCAAUUCCCAUCAUUUAAUUCCAUCAUCGUCGACCGGCCCUCCCGCGCCCCCUCCAACGGAUCCACCUCCACAGCUCCCGCCUCACCUCGAGAAAGUGCUACUCAAUUCUCAUGCGGUGUCACGCGAUGAUCGAAGUAUACUGCCGGUUCCGAACCAUGUCACGUUAAACCAUAUGUAUGCUUGUUCGAUCAGAGACGGCGUCAUGGCGGUUGGGUGUACCACCAGGUAUCGAAUGAAGUACAUUACGACUGUUUUGUACAAACCCGUCUUUCAAUAAUGAUGUUAUUUACCAUUAAUAGUUUGCGUCUUCCCAGUUUUCUUUUUUUGUUAUUUGAGAAAUAGCUAAUGUAUUUUGGUAGCGCUUAUCUAUUUGGAUGGGUUUCAUACAGUGGGGGAAAUGGGCGGUAUUUUAUUUGCCAAGGGAAGGGCGAUAAAUGGUUCUAUCUGAAGUAGAAUGAAGGAAGUCGGACAAGAUGAUGUUCAUGACGGUCGCGUACAGGUCACGUUUGUUCAAUGCGUUCUUUGCCAACUGUCACAAUCGAGCGCCUUGUGAUAUAUGCAAUGAUUUCAUUUCAAG